ACUUGAGAGCUGAAGCCGUUGUAUGGAACUUGUCCCGCUGGUUCACUUUGAAAUUGAAUAUAGUAGUGUAGUGGCUGUAGGUAUAGACUACCGUAUAGUUGUUUGAUUUCAAAUAAUUAAGAAGCGCAAACGUCCUAUAUUUAAUGUUUUCCCCAAUAUUCAUUCCAUUUGUACUUAAGAUACAUAUAAAUUAUAACUGAGUUGCGGUACUAUUGAAACUGAAAACUAUUCUGUUUUAAAACUUUUUUAAAGUCCAACAAUCUAACUAGCUGGUCACUUUAUUCAUAGUAAACAUUUAUUCGGUAUUUCUUCACGGCACUGUACUUACUCAAAUUUGACUUUGUCACAAGACGAAAUGGCGGAUACAGUCUCUUUGGAUUUUCAUAAAGACCCAGAACUGAAGUAUCUGGUUGUGGACAGGAAUGUUGGAACAAAUGAUCCAUCUGUCCAAGCAGAGUGGACUUCUAAAAAGUUGAUUUGGGUUCCCCACGAACAUCAUGGUUUUGUGGCAGCUAGUGUUAAGAUCGAUCGUGGUGACGAGUUGGAAGUAGAGAUAGUAGAAACUGGAAAAAGAUGCAUAGUUAAUAAAGAUGAUGCUCAGAAAAUGAACCCUCCAAAAUUUAACAAAGUAGAAGAUAUGGCAGAAUUGACAUGUUUAAAUGAAGCAUCUGUUUUACACAACUUGAAAGAUCGAUAUUAUUCAGGUCUUAUUUAUACGUACUCUGGUCUUUUCUGUGUUGUGGUCAAUCCAUACAAGAAGUUACCAAUCUACACAGAGAAAGUAAUAGAGUUGUAUAAAGGCAAGAAAAGACAUGAAGUUCCUCCUCAUAUUUAUGCUGUAACUGAUGGAGCUUAUAGAAGCAUGCUACAAGAUCGAGAGGAUCAGUCUAUUUUAUGCACAGGUGAGUCCGGAGCAGGAAAAACAGAAAACACUAAGAAAGUUAUUCAGUACCUUGCAUAUGUAGCAUCAUCCAAGCCAAGAUCGUCCACUUCAACAUUGCAUUCGGCACAGUUUCCACCUGAUGUUUUCCUCCAGCACUUUCCACAGCAGUAUGCCCAGACAUCCAGUAAUGCAAUUGGGGAACUAGAGCAACAACUACUCCAAGCUAACCCUAUUUUGGAAGCAUUUGGAAAUGCAAAAACAGUUAAAAAUGACAACUCAUCAAGAUUUGGCAAGUUUAUUCGCAUUAACUUUGAUGCUUCUGGAUUUAUUGCGGGUGCCAAUAUUGAAACCUAUUUAUUGGAAAAGUCUCGUGCCAUUCGUCAAGCUAAGGAUGAACGUGCUUUCCAUAUCUUUUACCAGCUACUUAGUGGAGCUGCACUAGAACAGAAAAAAGAAUAUCUCUUGGAAGACAUAAAAAACUACACAUUCCUUACAUAUGGGAAUGUUCCUGUACCUGGAGUAGUUGAUAGCCAGGAAUUUAGAAACACAACUAAAGCCAUGGAUAUUAUGGGCCUGUCUCAGGAAGAUUUAGGUGCCAUUUUCCGUGUGAUUUCUGCUGUUGUACUGUUUGGGAAUAUGAAAUUUAAACAAGAAAGGAACUCGGAUCAAGCAACUUUACCCGACAAUACUGUUGCUCAGAAAGUCAGCCAUUUGCUUGGUCUCAAUGUCACUGAGAUGACCAAAGCAUUUCUAAAGCCACGACUGAAAGUUGGAAGAGACUAUGUGACCAAAGCUCAGACCAAAGAGCAGAUGAAUUCUUUUGAACAACUGUGCAUAAACUACACCAAUGAGAAGUUGCAGCAGCUUUUCAACCACACCAUGUUCAUUCUGGAGCAAGAAGAGUAUCAACGAGAAGGAAUUGAGUGGAAGUUCAUUGACUUUGGACUCGACUUACAGCCAACCAUAGAUCUCAUUGAAAAGCCCAUGGGGAUAUUUGCUCUUGUCGAUGAGGAAUGUUGGUUUCCUAAGGCUACUGACAAGACUUUUGUGGACAAACUUCUCAAUGCCCACAACACUCACCCCAAGUUUGUUAAAUCAGACUUCCGUGGAGUAGCAGAUUUCAGUAUCAUACAUUAUGCUGGCAAGGUGGACUACUCAGCAAGUAAGUGGUUGAUGAAGAAUAUGGAUCCCCUAAAUGAGAAUGUGGUAUUAUUGCUCCAGUGUGCCCAAGAUCCUUUUAUAGUACAGAUAUGGAAGGAUGCUGAGAUUGUGGGUAUGGGAGCAGCAACUAUGACUGACACUGUGUUUGGUUCUCGAACUAGAAAAGGAAUGUUCAGAACUGUCAACCAAUUGUAUAAGGAUCAACUGGCCAAGCUGAUGGUCACUCUACGAAAUACUAACCCCAAUUUUGUUCGAUGCAUUAUCCCAAAUUUAGAGAAGAGGGCAGGCAAAAUUGAGGCAUCUCUGGUAUUGGACCAGCUACGUUGCAAUGGUGUUUUGGAAGGAAUCAGGAUCUGUCGUCAAGGUUUCCCUAACAGGAUACCCUUUCAAGAAUUCAGACAAAGAUAUGAACUUCUUACUCCUAAUGCCAUUCCCAAAGGUUUCAUGGAUGGCAAGCUGGCUUGUGAAAAAAUGAUUCAAGCCCUGGAUCUUGACCCGAACCUAUACAGAGUUGGUCAGAGUAAGAUCUUCUUUAGGGCUGGAGUCUUGGCACAUUUAGAGGAAGAGCGUGACAUGAAGAUCUCUGAUUUGAUUAUUCAGUUCCAAGCAUUCUGUCGUGGCCUUCUUGCUCGAAGGAACUACCAGAGGCGACUUCAACAGUUGAAUGCCAUUCGUAUUAUCCAGAGAAACUGUUCUGCUUAUCUCAAGCUGAGAGACUGGGCAUGGUGGAGAUUGUACACAAAGGUCAAACCCUUGCUUCAAGUUACGAAACAAGAGGAAAAACUAAGUGCUAAGGAAGAUGAGCUGAGACAAGUCAAAGAGAAAAUGGAACAUGCUGAACAGGCAGCCUUAGAUCUUGAAAAGAAACUUCAACAGAUUGACAAUGAGAAGAAUAUGUUAGCAGAACAACUGCAGGCUGAAACAGAGUUAUGUGCUGAGGCUGAGGAGAGCAGGUUAAGGCUUUCGUCAAGAAAACAAGAGCUUGAGGAGAUACUUCAUGAUCUAGAAGCUAGAAUAGAAGAGGAAGAAGAACAAAAUCAGAACCUCACAGCUGAGAAGAAGAAAUUACAAUUGAACAUUCAAGAUCUAGAGGAACAGUUGGAAGAAGAAGAAGCUUCUCGUCAAAAGCUUCAGUUGGAGAAGGUUAGCUUAGAUGGCAAGAUAAAGAAGUUGGAGGAAGACUUUGCUUUAAUGGAGGAUACCAACCAGAAGCUAGCUAAAGAAAAGAAAGCUUUUGAGGACCGCCAGUCUGAACUUUCUCAGUGUUUGGCUGAAGAAGAGGAAAAAUCAAAACACCUCAGUAAACUCAAAUCAAAACAUGAAGCAACUAUUACAGAUUUGGAAGAAAGGCUGCGAAAGGAACAACAGAUGAGACAGGAGUUAGAACGAGUAAAACGAAGACUUGAAACUGAACUAAAUGAUGUAAAGGAACAGCUCAGUGAAAAGAAAUUACAAGUAGAAGAUCUGCAGAUGCAGCUAGCUAAACGUGAAGAAGAAUUAAACCAAACUCUUGUCAGGGGAGAUGAGGAAGCUGUAGCUAAGGCACAAUCCCAGAAGCUACUACGAGAGAUUGAAAGUCAGUUGGCAGAAGUUCAAGAAGAUCUAGAGUCGGAAAAAAAUUCAAGGAUGAAAGCUGAGAAGCAGAAACGUGACUUAAAUGAAGAACUUGAAGCACUGAAGAAUGAACUUUUGGACUCACUGGACACGACUGCUGCCCAACAGGAUCUCAGGACUAAACGUGAACAAGAACUGGCCAUGUUGAAGAAAACCCUGGAAGAAGAAGCUAGCACUCAUGAAAACCAAAUCAGUGAAAUUAGACAAAAACACAAUCAUACCAUCGAAGAACUUAAUGAACAACUUGAAGCUCUUAAAAAGGCUGAACUAGAAGCAGUAAAUUCCCAGCUUGAAGACAUGGACAGCAAAGCCACACAGGCAGCUAAGAGCACAAGCACAUUGGAAGGUCAGCUAAAUGAAGCUCAGGAUCUACUACAAGAAGAGACCAGGCAGAAACUGGCCCUCAGUUCUAAACUCAGACAGUUAGAAAGUGACAAAGACAAUCUUCAAGAACAACUGGAAGAGGAGGAAGAGGCUAAGAAGAAUUUAGAGAAACAAGUUUCUACAAUGAGUCAACAGAUGCAAGAUUUGAAGAAAAAAGCAGAUGAGGCAGAUGAACUUUCUACUUUGCUAGAAGAACAAAGGAAGAAGAUGAAUAAAGAUAUGGAAGCCCUUCAGAGACAGAUUGAGGAACUAAAGACUGCAAAUGAUAAACUUGAAAAAUCUAAGAAAAAACUUCAGUCUGAGGUAGAGGACUUGAAUGUAGAACUGGAUAGCCAACGAUCCAAAGUAUCAGAGCUAGAAAAGAAACAAAGGAAGUUCGAUCAGAUGUUAGCUGAAGAAAAAGCUGUAUCUGAGAGAAUAUCUCAGGAGAGAGACAAUGCUGAAAGAGAAGUCAGAGAGAAGGAGACAAAGAUUUUAUCUCUUACACGUGACUUGGAUGAAAAGCAAGAUCUGUUGGAAGAACAAGAACGACUUCGUAAGCAAUUGCAGUCAGAAUUGGAUGAGCUGAUGAAUAAUCAGGGCACUGCUGACAAAAAUGUGCAUGAACUGGAGAAGGCCAAGCGAGUAUUGGAGAGUCAAUUGGCAGAACAGAAAACGCAGAUAGAGGAACUUGAGGAUGAACUUCAGCUGACAGAGGAUGCCAAGUUGAGGUUGGAAGUUAAUAUGCAAGCUCUUAAGUCACAAUUUGAACGAGACCUUCAAGCCAAGGAGGAACAAGCUGAAGAGAAAAGAAGAGGAUUAAUCAAGCAGAUGCGAGACCUAGAAGCAGAGCUUGAAGAUGAAAGAAAGCAAAGAGGAGCUGCCAUCAAUGCCAGAAAGAAGUUAGAGGGAGACUUUAAAGACCUAGAGCAACAGCUGGAAAUGGCUAACCGCCUUAAGGAAGAUGCCAUUAGACAGCUGAAGAAACUUCAGAACCAGUUAAAGGAUUAUCAGCGUGAUGCUGAGGAAGCUCGUAUGUCCCGAGAUGAUCUGAUUGCUCAGGCCAAAGAAAUGGAAAAGAAGUUAAAGAAUAUGGAAGCUGAAACAAUCCAGCUUCAGGAAGACCUUUCAAACUCUGAGAGAGCACGACGCACUGCUGAGACUGAGAGAGAUGAAUUACAAGAAGAGGUUAACAACAAUAGUUCUCGGAGCUCACUCCUCCAGGAAGAAAAAAGACGUCUGGAAGCUAGAAUUCAGCAACUGGAAGAAGAGCUAGAAGAAGAACAGAGUAACUCUGAGAUCAUGAUGGAGAAAGCCCGUAAAGCCCAGACCCAGAUUGAGCAGCUAACUACAGACCUAGCAAGUGAACGGUCUUCUUCUCAGAAAUUGGAAAACAACAGAAUGUUACUAGAAAGACAGAACAAAGAAUUGCGAGCCAAACUUCAAGAACUGGAAACCAGUCAACGUGGCAAGACAAAGUCUGCUAUUUCUGCUCUUGAGUCAAAAGUUGGUCAGCUUGAAGAACAGUUAGAACUGGAAACAAAGGAGAGACAAGCUGCAGCAAAGUCCUGUCGUAAAAUGGAGAAGAAGAUGAAAGAAGUGGUAAUGCAACUUGAAGAUGAGCGACGUCAUGCUGACCAGUAUAAAGAACAAGUGGACAAAGUGAACAGUCGGGUUAAGGCUCUUAAACGUCAGCUGGAUGAAGCUGAAGAGGAAUGUUCUCGGGAAAAAGCCCAGCGUCGUAAAGCUCAGCGUGAGGUGGAAGACAUAAUGGAAGCUAAUGAAGCAAUGUCUCGAGAAAUAUUAAACUUGAAGAACAAGUUAAGGCGAGGAGCGGGUGCCUCUGGAGGAAGUUCCUCAUCUCUACCAACUUCUCGCUACCUAGGAACUAAACGAGGAUCUUUGACUUCCUCUGGUGGUGUAGACGACAUCACCCUGUCUCUCCAAGAUGAAUCCCCCACUAAUGACAGCCAUGUUUAAUGAAGCAUCUAACUGGUCUGGUUGCCGCAGGACUACCACCUGAGUAUUACAAUACGAAAAAAACAACAAAAAAUUACUAGGAAGUAUGUGAUUUGUAGGUUAUGUGGAUAAGGAAGAGUAAAGAAAGAACUGAAAAUGGGUUGUCAAACAAUCUUAAAUGGAACAUUCCUAAAACUUGGAGAGGUGUUCACCUAGCAUACACUUUGUUACUAUUCAGAUACCUUCUUUAAAUUUAAAUAUAGUUGUUUCCUGUAGCCACCUGUACCAAGAAGUGUUUUAUGUCAAUAUUAACUUGUAAGCAUUCCUUACUGAAGCCUAAGUAUGUAAUUUUGAGUCUGCGUGUAGAUUUAAAUAUUAUUGGCUUCUCACAACAAUCAAACUUCUGAGGUAUAGUGUAAAAAAUUGAUGUUUUUCCUCUUCCUGCCAGUUAUAGAAAGAGCAAAGUGAUAAAACUUAACAUAAAAUAUCGUAUAUUUUGUACUAUAAGGUUGUGACACAUUUCUGGUUUUUGGAAUACCCCUUGUAUGUUUUAAUUGUAGGAAAAUUAGUAAGACUACCAUCUUUAUUAGUGAACACAUAGCAAGUAAACUGAACUCAUGGGAAACAACUACCGUUUUCAACAGAAGUAUAAAGUGACUUGACUUUUCUACAUUAGGUGUGAAUGUAUUUAAUUGUUAUAACAGUUUUGCAUGUGUAUACACUGACCUAUAUUAUACGAGUUUCUAAAUGUUGAUCCAAGUAUAGUGAGAAUAGGCAGGAGUUUAUAGUAUUGUACAUGUUACGGUUCUUACUUAGCAAAAACAAUUAUCGGAAUAAUGCACGAAAACAAAGUUGUAUGGUGCGAGUUAAAACACUAUUUUUAAUAUAAAGGACCUGACAUGUUUUGGCAGCCCCUGGUUGCCUUUUUCAGUGGCAUUUAAUUGUUUGUACUUUGAACAUUCUUCUCCAACUUUAAUAGAAAAUACUUUCACAUUUUAAACAUUUUUAAGUGUCAUGAGAAAAUUGAUAGAACUUUUGUUAUUGAAUAAUAGAAAAUAGUGCCUGUAGAAUGUGUCAAAACCUGUUGCCAAAUAUGGUCACACUUUCAGCUUUUGGGGACAUUAAAGUAUGACAAUCAAUCCCACUAUUUAUUACUUAAAAAGAGUAGCCCAAGAGUUAGCAGUGGGUGGUGUUAGCUAGCUGCUUUCUAUCUAGUCUACCACUGCCAAAUUAGAAAUAGUUAAUGAAGAUAGCCCUUGAGUAACAUUGCACAAAAUUAACCAGACAAGCAAAAACUUUAAACUGACAUAUAUGACAGUAUGCAAGGGAAUGUAACAGUUUAUGUUCAAGAACAAAUUUUCGUCCGAAGAAGGCAAUCUUGGGCUGCCAAAAUGUGUUGGGUCUUUUGUAUUAAAGUAAUGUUUAGUUCAUGCUUUACACCAUUGUUGAUGUGCCUUAGUUUAAUAGAUUUGAGCAUGAAUAGUUUGUGUAUUUCGAUAUUUAAAAAAAAGUGCUCUGAAAACAGUAAAGUUUUAAAAACUAUAUUACUUUAAACUGAAAAUUAUGCUAUUAUUUGAUAGAAAAGUAUAUAGAUUGAUGUAGAUGAAAUAUUUUAGCAUUGGUUUUAAAUGGAUUGUAGUUUAUUAGUAAGAGCCUUGUUAACAGAAAUAUAUAUAAAAAAACAAGAACAUUGCAAGUAAGUUAAGUAUAGAUGUUUCAUGUUUUUGGGUGAGUUAAUUUUCAAAGUAUAUUAAUAUCUUCAGUUAAAAACCAUAAUCACUAAAUGUGCAUUACAGAUUUAGCUAACCUCAGGUGGUCUCAGUGUUUUAUUUUGCAGGCUUGAUUUUUACUUCACCAUGGUCACCAUUCUGUAAAAACAAUAAAGAUACAUAAGACAAUUAAUGAAUACAAGAAACAUGAACACACUUAUGGCAUUUUUAGUAUGAAGAAUGGAAAGUGAUGUGGUAGAUAGAGGCAAUCAAAGAAAGCUUUUUUGUGUCUUUAAACAUCUUCAAUACAAUGUAGUUGAAAUGUUGUUUUUUAAAUAUUUUAGACAUUAAAAUUGAUUUGAAACAUUAUCUAAUUACUAUUGUAGUAUUUUUGUUUUGUGACACUGAACUUUGGACAACUAACUUUGUUCAACAGUAAAAGUAUUUUAUAAGGUAUAGUCCAGGCUAGGUGAUAAUCAGUAUUUAACUUACUACACCUGCUGAGAUGGUGCUCUUGUACACAAAUUGAGUAACUAAAUAGUAAGAAUAUUGUGUUUAAUUCUUUCUGCAGCUAUGAUAAGCCCUCUUUGGAUUUAUGGAAACAUAAAAUGGCUUCUGAGUCAUUUUAUGCUACUUGUAGUUUUAUAUUAACAAAUAAAGCAGAUUCUUUGGUUACAAUAUAAACCAAUUCAUUGUACUCUUUGUGUUAUGUAAAGAACUUCAUGAAAAACAUCCUUUUUGACAUCUAAAUUCAAUAUAUAAAGAAUUUUUUUGGGGGGGGGGUGGUUAAAAGAAGUUUUUUUGAUUCUUUUUUCUUCACAAAAAUACCCAAGUAACCCAUCAAGGAGAUAAUUCAAUUCAAUACUUCCAAAAAAGCUCCAGUAAUUUUAUAAUAUCAAAUUUAAGCAGCAUCUUUGAAGCUUAAUUUAACUUUGAUAAAUAACUUAGGUGCGGCAUAAUUUAGAACAAGCUUACACACACACUUAAGUUG